AUGGAGACGCAAGAAGAGUCAUUCAAAUCUGCAUUUGAGAAUGCCUUAAAGAAAGCGGCUACUACUGCUACUGCGGCGACUUUAAUGGUUUUCGUUUUGGCCAUGGUAUUAUAUCCAGACGUUCAGAAACGCGCACAAGCGGAGAUCAACUCAGUAGUUGGAAGAGAACGACUGCCGACGUUCGAGGACAAGGCAUCACUACCCUACAUUGAAGCAGUUGUGCGAGAGACUUUGCGAUGGGAGCCCAUUGUACCCCUUGGCGUACCACAUGCCACUUCGAGUGAUGACGUAUAUGACGGCUAUUUUAUCCCAAAAGGCACAAUCAUCACAUAUAACACAUGGGGCAUUACACGGGAUGAAAAGCGGUACCCCGAUGCAUCUCGUUUCAUCCCAGAGAGGUUCAUCGACAAUGAUGGCACAUUAACAAAUGAUGACCCUGCACAAUACAUUUUUGGCUUUGGCCGGCGCAUAUGUCCAGGGCGGUAUACUGCUGAUUCCUCCGCGUGGGCUGCCAUUGCGACCAUGUUGGCCACGUUGGAUAUUUCUCCUGCAAAGGAUGACCAGGGCAAAGUGAUCAGCUUUACUCCCAAAUUCAUCACGGGAAUGGUUCACUCCCCUGAGAUGUUCCCUUGCAGCAUUUCGAGACGUUCUCACAUUCAUCCAGACCUUGUGGACAGUUGGCGAACUGCCGAGUUUUGAGAGAAUGAUUGACAGUUUGUCACAUCCGGUUUAGGAUACAGCUAAAGGUGAUGUAAUUGACCAAGUACUUCCUGCUAGUGUACAAGAGAUAAACGGUAUGGGCUUCGCGUGUAUAGCUAUUGUAUUAAGAGUUCCAUAACAUCUGGUAAUAUUAGCCAUUUGCAAUAUUAAUGUUCAAG